GGGCCCGGCCCCCAGACACAGCCCACGGGCUCCGCCAGCAGCAGGUCCCUCGGCACCAAGCGCUUGCUCCGCCCCAGAUCCACGGUAAGCCAACCUGUUGGCCCACCCCUCAUCCCAGCUCCACGGGGAGCAGGCAGGAGAGUCCCCCACUACUCCUUUCUCACAUCCUCCCUCUCCGGGCCGCUGCGCAGCUCUCCGCCCCUCCCAGCCCCCUCAGUCCCUCUAGCCGCUAGUCAGACUGUUCUAGCCUUGCCGGCCCACUGUACUGUGAGGCUCCUGCUGCUGCUACAGGGCGCAGACUGGCAGCCAAGGCCACGCUUUUGGCUAAAAGAGGCACUGCCAGGUGCACAGCCCUGGGCAUGAGCCUUUUGAGCUGCCAGGGAAAGUCCAGCACCGGUCCCAGGGAAGGUGCCUAAAAGAACACGGCGCAGGACUCUCGUGCUGCCUCAAGAGGAGGGUAGGGGACAGGUCAACUAGGCUGAUGGGCGCUCCUGGUAUUGACAGAGAUGGAGCCUGGAUGUAGAGGCCCUUCUGUGCUGCCCUGCAGGCCCCCGCCUAGGCGGCAGCCUGCCUUGUGGCCAACCCUAGCCGCUCUGGCGUUGCUGAGCAGCAUUUCCGAAGCCUCCCUGGGCCCGGCGCUCCGCAGCCCCGCCACCCGCGAAGGCCCCGCGCCUGCCCCGGCGCCCCGCGCCGGCCACUUGCCCGAGAGCCGCGCGGCCCGUUGGUGCGGCGGAAGAGCCCGGCGGCCACCGCCCCAGCCCGCCCCCCCACCGCCCGCGCCCGCGCCCUCGCCCUCCCGUGGGAACCGCGCGGCGCGUGCCAGGGGCCGGGGCGGUCGCGCGCGGGCCCCGGGAUCGCGGGACCCGGGACCGAAGGACUGCAGCCUGCGCUCGCAGGUGGUGCCGGUGCGCUUGCUUGGCCUGGGCCACAGCUCGGACGAGAUGGUGACUUUCGGCUUCUGCACUGGCUCUUGCCGCCGGGCUCGCUCCCCGCACGACCUCAGCCUGGCCAGGCUGCUGGGUGCUGGGGCCCUGCGGGAGAUUCAGGGCGUGCGGCUGGUCAGCCAGCCCUGCUGCCGACCCACGCACUAUGAGGCCGUCACCUUCAUGGACGUCAACAGCACCUGGUGGACCGUGGACCGGCUCUCAGCCACUGCCUGCGGCUGCCUGGGCUGAGGGCUCUCUCCAAAGAUUGGCAGAUGUCACACUUACCUGGGGAUCUUACUGCCUGGAAGGGGCCGGGUGCCUCGGCCAGAAAUGGGGGCAAGUGAUGGGCAUCAGCCCUGGACAGAUGGAGGGACAACUGACCAGCAAGCAGCCCAUGGUCCUCACCCUGCGCGUCCCAGCCCAACAGACACCAGAGACCUCAGCUAUGGAGAACUUAGGACCCACUUCUCACAGACUCUGGCACAGUCCAGACCACAGACCCAGGACUCCUCCUCUGAAGAACCCAGCAGUGUCUGAGGUCUCAGCCUCAGCCCAGGCCCCAGGGAGACAGAAUUGGAGGAGAUACAUUACAGUCGUAUUGCUGAAGUGCCUAUGCUAGAGUGGGCCUGGUACUCACUCCUGGGAGCUGGACCCCUAUUUAUUAUUUCUAAGUUAUUUAUUUACUUCUGUGGUUUGUCAGAUCUUUUCCUGGGCAGUGGGGGCUGAACAAGUAGAAGCUGGUGUCUGGAGAUCAUGCCCUGACCAUCCCAACUGCAAGCUGACUCAGCAAUCACAGGCCUGACCCAGAUCUCCAACUGCUUGUUCCACCCAGCA